GUGACGCAGCAGCCCGAGCCAACAUGGCGGAGUUCGGCGGCGCCGGCCUGACGGCGGCUCUGCUGCUGUUCUCGGCGCUGACUCUGAUGGACGUGUACGUGGGCAGGACGGGCCCGGGGGCCCGGGCCCCGGAGCCCGGAGACCCGCAGCCCGCAGCCCCGCCGCGGGGCCCGGAGCCCGGGGAAGGAGCCUACACCGGCCCGGUGCUGCGGUUCCACUACUGUAUUUCCUGAGGUUACAGCAAGGUCUUCCAGGAUUAUUCUCAGGCGAUCGGCCAGGUUUACCCCGACCUGCGGAUCCAGGGAGACAACUACCCCCCCACCCCCAUCAACAGGUUUCUGGGUAACUUCAUCUCGUACCUGAAGAUGUUCCUGCUGCUGCUCAUCGUUACCGGCCAGAACCCCUUCAUGUUCCUGGGCCUGGAAACCCCUGGAGCCUGGACCUGGGCCUGGACCUGGAGCCAGGACAACAAGAUCUUCUCCUGCCUGAUGGUUUUCUUCCUCUGCAACAUGAUGGAGACCCACUUCCUGUCCACGGGAGCCUUCGAGGUCACUCUGAACGAUGUUCCUGUUUGGUCGAAGCUUCAGUCCGGCUACGUCCCCAACAUCCAGGAAAUGUUCCAGAUCCUGGACACCCACCUGAAGAUCAACCAGGGUCAGGUGACCUUCCCUUAGAGCUCAGGUCACAUGACCUUCCCCUAGUCCUCUGCUGCGUUCAGGUUCCUCUCUGUGAUGCGUUCAGGGUCUGCUGGCGUUUAUGAAGGUUUGGUCUGAAAGCUAACUGGAUCCCACCGGAUGUCCCGCCACUGGACCGUCUGUCUCUGCACCAGGACUACCCACAAUGCACCAGGACUACCCACAAUGCACCAGGACUACCCACAAUGCACCAGGACUACCCACAAUGCACCAGGACUACCCACAAUGCACCUGUGAGCCCUCAGGACUGCACACUAUGUUGCCGUGGUUACCUGAAACAUUCUGUUGCCAUGGUUACCUGAAACACUGUUGCCAUGGUUACCUUCUUAAACAUUAAAGAUAAAAUAGUGAAAAUGUCCUUCGUAAAUCCGACGUGUUCAGAUGUUUGUAGUUUGUAGUUUAUUAGUUUGUAGUUUAGUUUGUAGUUUAUUAGUUUGUAGUUUGUAGUUUAGUUUAUUAGUUUGUAGUUUGUAGUUUAUUAGUUUGUAGUUUAUUAGUUUGUAGUUUGUAGUUUAUUAGUUUGUAGUUUGUAGUUUAUUAGUUUGUAGUUUAUUAGUUUGUAGUUUGUAGUUUGUCUUUCUCUCGACGUCUACAGGAAACAGGAAACAGGAAACAGGAUGUUUGGUAUUUUCUCUGUUCCUCCUGUUCUUCACUUGUGUUUUCUAAUGAGUUUAUUGAUUAUUCAUUUGAUCGUGUAUGUGAAUUAAAAUCACCAAUCUACAGCUGGAAGUUUAGUUUCUACACUGAAGUGGAACAUGGAUUUUUUUGAUUUUAUUUUAUUUUGUACAUGUAAAAACAACAAUUAAAGAGAAGAUAAG